AUGGCCAAAGGUGUCCCUAAUCACUACUUGGUAAAACUCCAUACAGAAACAAAGCAACUGGCCAAGCAAGCAGAAUUGAAACGACUUUAUAAAGCUCAGGCCAUCCAGAGGCAGCUGGAGGAGGUGGAGGAGCAGCAGAGGGCCUUGGAGAUCCAGGGGGUGAGGCUCGAAAAGGCUCUCAGAGGAGAAGCAAAUUCAGGCACACAGGAUGAAGCCCAGCUUUUGCAGGAAUGGUUUAAGCUAGUUCUGGAGAAGAAUAAAUUAAUGCGCUACGAGUCGGAGCUACUGAUCAUGGCCCAAGAACUAGAAUUAGAAGAUCAUCAAAGCAGACUGGAACAGAAAUUAAGAGAGAAACUGUUCAAGGAGGAGAGCCAGAAGGAUGAGAAGGCUCGAAAUGAGGAACAAGCAAUUAUCAAUGAGAUGAUGCAAGUGAUCGAGCAAAGGGACAGGCUAGUAGAUUCCUUAGAGGAACAACGCAUCAAAGAAAAGGCUGAAGACCAGCGCUUUGAAAGUUUCUUCUUCUCCAUGGGCUGCCAGCUGAGCAGGACCUGAGAAGGUGUGGUGCAUACAGAGUCCUCCGCUGAGUGCUGGGGACAGGACUCAGAGCAUCUCUGCACUUCCUUCUCUUUGCAGGACUAAUACAACCUGGAAUCUGUUACACCUGCUACAA